AGCAUUACUCAACUGAUAUAUUCGGCUGUUCCCCUUGUUCCUUUAAUUCGGUUUUGGAACUCAAAAUUAGGUUUUAUUAAGGGCACUGAAAUCCCUGCGGAAUUCUGAUAACUAGUAAACCUUUUUCUUUGUUCGGAGCAGUCCAACAUGAGUAACAAUGCUGUUGGGGUUGAUAACACCUUCAGAAGGAAAUUCGAUCGGGAAGAAUAUCUUGAACGUGCUCGUGAGCGCGAAAGACAGGAGGAUGAUGGGAAGGUUAAAUCUAAAUCAAAAGCUCCUCCCGUGCAAAGGAAGCCUUUGAAGCAUAGGGAUUAUGACGUGGAUCUGGAAUCUAGAUUGGGGAAAACUCAGGUUGUUACUCCAAUAGCGCCAUUGAGCCAGCAGGCUGGAUACUUCUGUUCUGUUUGUGAGUGUGUGGUAAAGGAUUCUGCUAACUACUUGGAUCAUAUCAAUGGAAAGAAACAUCAAAGAGCUUUGGGCAUGUCCAUGCGUGUGGAACGAGCAUCUCUUGAGCAGGUGCAACAGAGGUUUGAAGUUCUCAAGAAGCGGAAACCUCCUGGAAGCUUUACAGAACAAGACCUUGAUGAGCGGAUAUUAAGACAACAGCAAGAAGAUGAGGAACAAAAGCGCCAACGACGAGAAAAGAAGAAAGAGAAGAAGAAAGAGAAGGCUGCAGUAGAAGAGGAAACUGAAUUAGAUCCUGAAGUUGCUGCCAUGAUGGGAUUUGGUGGUUUUGGUUCGUCAAAAAAGUGAAUGGUUUGAUGACUCCAUACACUCUGGGGGAUUUGAGUUAUGCUAUGCUUCUUUGUUCAAACUCUUGUUUUCCGACUGUACAGAGAACAGCUUCGGGAUCUCAAUUUCCAGAAUAUGCAUUGUUGUAACAAGUGAAAUAUCUUGUUAUGGAUCAGCUUCUAGAAAAUGCAUUGCAUGGAUCAUUCCGUGUAGCUGUAUAUUUCAUUUCGACUAAA